CAUGCAAACACGAAUGUUUGUUUCUGCUCCUGUGAACUUACUCGCGGUCUCCCGCUAGUAGCUCGCGGAGAGUCUGACACGGGCUAGCUACACUUCUUGACUUCUUGCGCCUUCAAGAUCCACAGAGCAAGCGGACUCGGUCGAGGUGUGAGUGUAUCUAACUUGUUUCUGCACUGCCAUACCUCCUUCUAGCUGUAACUGGUUACUGCACUUUAACCUAUGGCCCUGCUGUGCAAGUAACACGUGGUUAGCACAUGCUUGCUGACACAGCACAACCUUCGCACAUUUUGUGUCUGUAGCUUCCUUAUCAGAGGAGGAGGAGGACAAGUCCUUACAUGAAAUUCUUUUCUCAAACCCAGUAGGCUUCAGCAAAGUGACUGAAGUGACAGUGAAAUUAUGUUGUCAGGGAAUUACACCAGUCCCACUAAGGUCCUUGUUCGAAUACCGUGAUGGCACUCGACUACUUUUUGAAGAAGAUGACAAAGAACAGCUAGAGCCCCUGAGGCAGCAGAUUACUCAACAGUUUGGUUUAGCAGAAACAGCUGUAGACCCUGGGCAGUCAAUGGAAAUACACAAAGAGCCAACGGCCAAGGCGCCAUUGAGGGCCUUCCUGGUGGGCCUAAGCCCUGUAAGAGGCUUUUUAGACAGGGUGAUUUUUUCAGAUGAGGUGCAAGUUACCUUGCCUCGUGGUGUUGGAGGACCACAUGGUAAAUUAGACCUGCUCAUUGGGUCCAAGACCAAGGCGGCUGAAAACUGUUUUGUAACUGUUGCCUAUGCAAUAAGCAUUGCAGAUCCAGUCCUUGGUGAGAGUAAAAAAGAGGGCUCAGCACUGGCAAAAAGUAGAAAGAAGGAGCUAGAAAUACAAACAGUAGUGCAACCUGUUCCCAGAUAG